AGCGCUACGAGUGUUUCGCGGUCUGUGUUGGUGAAUCAUGUGUGAAAAACGUGGUUUGUGCACGCGUGGACUGCAGGUGCCUCUUCUAGUGGUGACUACGUUGUUAGUUGGUGUGCGCCCGGAAUUAGCCGAUCCAAAUUUCAAGAGACCCAUCGCCAAUGUGACAACGGCAGUCGGAAGGGAAGCAACUCUAGCCUGCGUUGUUCAAGAUUUAGCAGGGUACAGGGUGGCAUGGCUGCGCGUGGACACCCAAACAAUACUGACAAUAUCUACUCAUGUUAUUACGAAGAACCAUCGAAUAGGCGUCACUCACAGUGAUCAUCGUACCUGGUUCCUCCACAUACGAGAAGUAAGAGAAUCCGACAGGGGAUGGUAUAUGUGUCAGAUUAAUACGGAUCCAAUGAAAAGCCAGAAUGGAUACUUGGAAGUUGUCGUUCCACCGAACAUUCUGGAUUAUCAAACUAGUACAGACAUGAUAGUAACAGAGGGUAACAACGUGACUUUACGUUGUGCUGCGACAGGAUCACCGGAACCUACCAUCAGUUGGCGACGCGAGGAUAAUCAGUUAAUACUCUUAUCGAAUGGGAAUAACGUUACCAGCGUUGAGGGACCAAAUUUUAAUAUCACUAAAGUAAACCGAUUGCACAUGGGGUCGUAUCUCUGCAUCGCAUCCAAUCGUGUACCGCCGUCAGUCAGUAAAAGAAUUAUGCUGACUGUACAGUUUCCACCUAUGAUUGAGGUAGAACAUCAAUUAGUAGGUGCUUUGGAAGGACAAGAAUUAACUUUAAAGUGCAAUUCAGAAGCUUAUCCUAAAUCAAUUAAUUAUUGGACGAGAGAUAAAGAUGCAAUAGUUCUACAAGGAGAAAAAUACAAACCAAUAUUGUUGGACGACGCAUACAAAGUCGAAAUGAGACUAACUAUAAGUUCCGUCAGCCAAUCAGACUUUGGUUCGUAUAAAUGUGUUUCCAAAAACUCAUUAGGAGAUACUGACGGCAGUAUCAAAGUUUAUGAAAUAAUAUCGAGUUCAAAGUCCAAUAAUAACAACACAAGAUACAAAGGAAAGUUAAGGCAUAACUCAAGAAACGACAUUUUCGAAGGAAAUCAAGAUAUGCUCAAAGAACGAGAUUUAAAAUUGCGGGGCCGCAAGGAGGCGAACGGUGACGAAGGCGACGAUUACGACGAUUCCGGUGUGAUGAGGAAAGAGAACUCCUCCAUCCUGAUCUUCGUUUUAGUCACGUUCACUAUUUACCUCCACCAUCAUCCACAGUUAAGAACGCUCCAUCCGGCUUGAAAAUUGGCCACCGCAGUGUUAGUACAUCAUCAAAUUCUCCUUUCGAUCGCGACCCAUCGAAAAUUUGUAAAUCCAUUUAGAUAUCCAUCGCUCAGGGACUCCAUUCGAGGAUAAGUUUCAUGAAUUGCGCUGACCACUUAUACCGUGCUGUAUGAUAACAUCCUAACGUGUAAUGAUGUUAGAUAUUGUAAAUUAUUCGUAAACGAUAAUUCAAAUAGCUUGCGAGUGGAAUGUCAUUCCUUGCCGUGGAACUAACGCGUAGCGUCUAAUGUGAUUAGAUCUGUAUUAUUAAUAACAAGGAGAAGAAAACAAAUGGAUCCGUAAGCUUGCACGACGAGUACAGCGAGCCUUGAUCACGCUUAAUCACAAUCGAUGGUGAUACUCGAAACUAGUCAGUCACCGGACUAAUUCCUCGCUAAUUCUAAUGUAGAGAUUUACGUUAAACUGGUUAAGGGAUUUAGUGGAGGACGCAUACGCUGCUGGUAAUGUGUACGCUCUAUGUCACUUCUUUCGCUAUGCUAUAAACAUCUGCGACGUAAUAUCGAGAGCUCGGAAAUUCUACUCGACCGUAACUUCUGAUCAGUUAAAUUAUAAUGAAUCGUCGAUCGUCGGAUCAUCGAUCCUCUCGUCUUGAUUAUGAUCACUCAAGGAACCUAGUGAAACGGUACGUAUAUUUUAUAGAAAAAACAUUGAGAAUCACUACUGCAGCGAAUGUGUGAAGACAUUUUCAAUAAUUAAGUGAAUUAUUUAUUAUUUACUAUUAGAGUUUCGUAUGACACAGCAAGGUACUAUCCACAAAGGCAGACAACGUAUAAGAACAAUAGUACAAUAAAGAGAAUCAUGACAUUACUGUGUUAAAUUUAGUUAACACUUUUCUAUUCGUCAACCCUUCUAUAACUAAUAGAAUAAUACUCAUCUACGUUUACUUGACUCUCCACGUUAUAUAUUCGGGUAUUAGAGAUUUUAUUAUAAAGGAUUGUUCAUGCGUAGCGUCACAAUAUUUUGCUUGGAAAUAAAAAUGUAAAGAGAAAUUCUUUGUGUUAAUCUGAAAGGGGUGUAUCAAUGUACAAAAUGCUAAAUUACACUGAUAUUUAUCUAUUUGGUUAUGGAUAAGUAUUCUCUGCUCAGUGGGAAGCUAAAAUGAUAUCGCUCUCUUCGAUUGUUCGGUAAAUACAAUGGCCACUUCUCUUGCAACGCUGGUUUCUUACGUUCACAUCACUUCCUAAACACGCGUUCGAUUUGGCCAUGUACAAAGGUUCUAGAAAUUAUUCUGCUACGAUUUUAGCGAGACUCAACUAAAUACCCGCGAAGAUAAACAUGUGUCAUUAUUUGAGAAUGAUAGUGAUUGUACAUAAUAUACGUGAAAAAAGAAACGUUUAAUGUUUGCGUCCAAUAAUAUAAAAUAUUUACAUUGGUAUACGUAUGUAAUUCUAGAAAUAUCUUUUCGUCGUACAUAUCUCCAAUGUAAACAUUCCGUGACAUGUAAAGAUUAUCUAAAAUUCAAGACAAAAUAUUUUUUAAUAUACAAGGCACGUCGAAAGACAGAAUACUUACAUAUCCCUGUUAACAUUGAAGGUAGAAGAAAUUGUCCAGAAUGACGCUUAUACUAUUUAACGCUGAAACUAUCAAGCAGUUAAGUUGACUUCUUGAAAUGCCUCUAGAAACUUCAAGAGUGCAUCUAUUGAGACUUUAAUUAAUUUAUAAUUCAGUUUGUGUAUUGCUAAGUAAUGUCUUUAAUAAUUUCUCAGGAGAACAUCUGUCAUUUUUUUAAUAAUUGCAAAAAGAAGAAAUCAGGAAUACACCAUUUUAACCAGUCUGGCAAUUUUAGUGUUAAAGGGACGAGUGUGACAAUAUAAAUAAAUUCUUUGUUUUUUUGUGUAAAUAAUGCUUCCCAUCUCAGGAUACAUGAGUUUCUAAUAUACAUUCUCUUUUCUUUUACCACUUAAUCUGAUUACUUUAGACUUCCAUUUUCGCCCAUUACCCCUUCUUCCGUUUUUGUUGUUUCUUUCACUGCCUCGUAUUCUUCUCUUAAGUGUUCAAAUGUCUCAUUCCCUUUCCUGCAGAUUCUUCAGAUUCUUCCCUCUUCCUUCUCCCUGUAUCUGUUUCCCCUAUAUUCACUCCCAUAACUGAAUCUUGCAAGUGCUUUCAUUUUUCUCUGCUUUCCCUCUUCUUGUAAUCUAUUUUGGUCUUUCUCUCGCCAGCCAUUUCCCGUAAUGCCUCGCCGAUUGGAUAGCUCCAUCUUUUUUCUCCUUUGCUGUAUUUCCUUUUCUCUUUUCUUCUCUGUUCAUUCUUCUGUUACCUGUUUGACCAUUAUUAUCAUUCAUUUCUGCUUCCCAUUUGCACAUCCCUAUUACCUUGUAAGAUCUUUCCAUUCUUCUUUAUUUUCUAUUUUCUUUAUCUUUGUUUUUUAUUUUCUCUUCGUACACUUAAUUAUCCUUAUUCCUGCUUCCACACGUCUGUUUUCUAUCUUCGUUUCUUCCCUUAUAACGUACCCCAGCGUUUCCCUGUCUAAUCCUAGUUCCACCUUAAAAACCUUUCUUAUACUUCCAAUCCUUUCCAUUCUCCCCAUCCCCAUAUUUCCACACCGUAGAUAAAUAUUUCCACGAAUAUAUUGAACAUCAUCGUCCUUCUAUCAAAAUCUCCUCUAAAUAAAUUCUUUGUUUAUUCGUAUUUUUAAAUUUAUUUAAAAAUCUUUAACAACCUUCUCAAUGAUAUCACUUUUAAAAAAUCGAUGAAAAUUAUAGCAAACAAAAGAUUCGUUUCUAUCGUCACACUCAUCUCUUUUAAUAGUACACACAACAGCUGUUUUGGAUAUUUUUUUCUAUCCUCGAUACGAACGAUACAUUAAGUGUUCUGUUUCUCAUAGCACACCCUGCAUAGUAUGCCAAUUGAUUCAUAUGCAGUGACCGAUGUAAUUAUCUGUAGAAGUUGAGAGUAUACGAAAAAUCCGUGAAGCACUGCUUAUAGUUACAGACAGAUCGUCUGUAAAUAACCUGUAAAUAAAUAUUUGAAUAUCUUCAGUCCUAUUGUUGAGAGAAGUUGUUACCGCCGUUUGUGCAGAAUAUAGUUUCGAAUUUAUCAAAAUAGAAACAUGAAGAUAUUUACAUUC